GCCUUCAUCUUCUUUGAGUACAUGGUGACUUUCGCUGAAGAGGUUCAGGUCAUCUGGGGGGCCAGAUUGACCACUGUCACGGUUAUCUUUGCCCUCAACCGUUACCUGCUCGUGGUGCAAGGCGUUAGUUCCACACUGAGCGCGGUGUGGUGGCAUACUCCACUGAGACUGAUCGAUAAAUUGUUAGGCUUUUCCGCAUUCCGCACAUAUGCUAUCAGCGGAGGCCAGAUCGCCCCUGCAUUGCUAGUCUUGCUACUGGGGCUGGUGCCAGCCGGCGCCAACAUCGUGAUUGUUGCUCUGAUAUGCACGAUACCUGCAGUCAUCAUUUUCGCGCGCAUCUGCCCGGCUGUAUCCGACCUGAUUGUGGUCCUUGUCACUUGGUUCAAGACAUCGGGCCUCGCCAUAAAAGUGCGGAAAUUACGAUUAAAAGGAUCGAUCGCGACGGUGCUGGUGAGGGAUGGUGAGUAUUGUGGCUCUCUUGGUACAUGUGAUGCCUUACAAGCAGCCAAUUCAAGGCACACUCUACUUCAUGUAUGUCGAGCUCUGUCACAGUGCCUUGUCGUGACAUCGUUCUUCCACCAUUCAUCAGGGCCCUUUUGCUUCUCAACAUCCUCGAGAUCGUGA